AACUUGUUAGAAUUGUCGCUGUCAGUAAAGAGACCUAUAAACUAACCUAUAACCUCAAAAAAUUGCAGUCUUUUUGGGGCCUCUGACGGUCAUUUUCCUUUACAGGGGUUAGUUUUGAGGACUGAAUCAAAAUUAUCUGCCCUUAUUUGAUGUUUUAUUGAGUUGGGCUUUGAUGUGGUUGGCAGAACAGUUUAAAGUUGGAUCAUGGGGGAAAAAGUAAAAAUAUUAUUCUGCGGAGACGUGGAGGGCAGAUUCAACACUCUAUUCAAGAGGGUGGAAACAAUCAACAGCAAGUCUGGCCCUUUUGAUCUGUUGCUGUGCGUGGGGAAUUUUUUUGGGGUCAACAACAAGGAGUUUGGUCCCUAUAGGCUGGGGGACAAAAAGGUUCCUAUUCCGACUUACAUCUUGGGCCCCACCAAUCAAGACCAGCUUGCCGAGUUUCCCAAAGAAGAGGCCGAUUUUGAGUUGUGCCCCAAUGUCUACUAUCUCGGCAAAAGGGGCAUUUACAACGACAGCAAAGGCCUGAAAGUGGCCUAUCUUAGCGGGCUGGUUUGUUCGGGGGACAAAAAUAAGUGGAACUACGACGAGAGCGAUGUGUCUGACUUGUGCGACGUUGCCCUAAAGGGCAGCCCCUCGUUUAGGGGCGUUGAUGUUCUGCUCACCUCGCAGUGGCCCGCAGGGAUCGUUGAUAGAGGCAAAGUCAAUGUCGCUGAAGCCGCGCAGAGUGAGCACAUCAGCUAUCUCAUUAUGAAACUGAAGCCACGCUAUGUGGUCAGCGGGCUCGAGGGCGUGUUCUACGAAAGGGCGCCCUUCCGGUGCCCCAAUCUAGGAGAUCACGACACCACCUUUGAAACGGUCACCAGGUUUAUAGGGCUGGCCCGAGUGGGGAAUCCAAGCAAAGACAAGUGGAUCUACGCCUUGAGUGUUACGCCACUGAAUAAAAUGAAGAUUGCCGAGCUGCUCCAGAAGACCACCGAUGAGACUGAGUGUCCCUUUGCGAUAGACGAGCUGGAAAGCAAAGUAUUCAAAACCAAGAAAAGGAAAGGCGACAUUCCCAGUCAGUACUUCUACGACAUGAACGCCUCUAUGGAAGAUGAGAAGAGGAAGCAAAGGCCGAAGAGGCAACGAGUGGAAUUCGACCAAGCUAAGUGCUGGUUUUGCCUGGCAAGCCCUUCGGUGGAGAAGCACUUGGUUAUCACUGUAGGCGAAAGCUGCUAUCUGACUUUAGCCAAAGGUGGAAUGGUGCCUGAACACUUUCUCAUCUGUCCAAUGGAGCAUUUCCAGAACACCUUGGCGUGUUCGGAGGAAAUCAGACAAGAAAUGGCCCAAUUCAAGGAGGCCAUUCGCAAGUUUUACCAUCGAAAGGACACAGUGCCGGUCUUUUUCGAGAGAAACUACAAAACCUCACACAUGCAGCUCCAGGCUGUUCCCAUUCCUCAACAGGCUACGCGCGAACUAAAGGACAUAUUCCUGGAUGAGUCGGAGGCCCAAGGAUGCCGGCUGGAAGAACUCGAGUCGCACAGUCGUUUGGAUCAAGUGGUUCCGCCCAAAACGCCCUACUUUACUGUAGAGCUGCCCGACGGGCAAACGCUCUACACGAAAAUCCAGGGCUCCAUGAAUUUCCCCUUGAGUUUCGGGCGGGAAGUGUUGGCUUCCGGGCCUGUGCUGGAUAUGCCCGAUAGAGUGGAAUACCGGGAUUGUCUGAUCGAUAGAAGUGCAGAGGAAGAGUUGGUGGCCCGGAUCCGAACGGAUUUUGAGCCCUUUGAUUUCACCCAGUAAGGGUAAUUCAGAUGCGGAAUAUGCCGGAUAAAUUUCACAGCAUUUUCACGUUUUAUUUUAAUAAAUACAUAAUUUUAAAAAG